AAUUUGAAUGAAGAAUAGUAUGUUGAACAACUUGAGUGAUCGUGCAAGGAAUGUGUUAGGGAAUAUAGGAGACAAUGCACGAGACUUUAUAGAUAACGUGAGCGAAAAGACACAGAAUAGUUCACUAUCAAGAAUACUUUCAGACAAGUUGCAAGAUAGAAAAUCCCUCUUAACAACUUCUGGUGGAGACGAAGAAGCCGCAGAAACUAAUGUAAACCCUUCUUCUACUUUUGGGAGUGAUUGGGCUUCUGAACUAAGUUUGUCCCGAACUCAACGUCUGGUUGGGUUUGCUAUGUGUUUUGUUGCUGGUGCUAUGAUGCUUUUUUUGUCCAUUCUGAUGCUGCCAACGUCAGCUCUUCGUCCAGCCAAGUUUGCUCUAAGCUUUACUUUGGGUAAUAUUCUUGUGCUUUGUAGUACUGCAUUUUUAAUAGGGCCUUAUAGACAACUUCAAUAUAUGUUUAGACCAGUUCGAUUGUUGGCUACUUGUGUCUAUCUGAUUUCUUUAUUUAUGGCUAUUUUCUUUUCAGUUGCCAAAGUUAAAUUACGAUAUCCACUGGUUGUGUUAUCCAUUAUCGUUGAAAUAGGGGCUUUGUUAUGGUACUGUGCUAGCUACAUACCUUUUGGCCAAGCCACGAUAUCACGACUAGUGGGACGGCUAGUCGAAUGGUGAAUAUUUCUGAGGAAUGAAUUAUGUUUCAAGUAACGGAGAGGUUGAGUAGAUUAUGCAGGAGUGACCACAAUAGCUUAUUCUGGUCUUGUUAAGCUUUUUUCCAAAGCUUGUUGAUCUCGAAAGCUGUUUUCGAGCAUACUAGUGUAGUCCUCCAAAAGAGAAGCCGUACGCUCCAAAGCCACUGCCUCGUUAUAUAAUAGUUGCAAACGUUCUUUGGUUGUUUGGAAUCCAUAAUUUUCAUGAAACAAAUGUUCUGCCUUUGCCUGUAGUUUCUGUAUGUUUUUAGAAACCUGUUCCAUAAAUAAUCUCGUGGAAGUAUUACUAUCUUCGACUGAAGUCAACUGAGAUAACCCCACUGAAGAAUAACCAAGUCAAAUAAUCGAGAUAAACGAUACAGUUUCUUACCUUGUAAAUGAAGUCGAGAAAAUUUUU